AUGCAUUCAAAUUCAUUAAGUGUGUCUCUGUUCCAUCGUCUUCGAGUUGAAUGCUUCAAUCGAAAUGUACCAAUAGUUCAUGCUUCGACAAAAAGAUUUUUAAGUCGGGUGUUGAAGAAAUUUCCUUACACAAACGUAAUAGCCUUGUUUUGCUUCCAACCUUUUGAGGAGCUUUACCGUGAUGUUAUUCGAAUAUGGCAUGAAAGCGACUCACGCAUCCAGUACCACAUCGAUCAAGCAUCAUUAUUCGCUUGA